AUGCUGGAUUCUGUGAUCUCUCUUUUUCUUGCGGCCCUUCGCGAAGAAGGUGUACCAGAAGCCCAAACACUCGAGCUGCUCCAGACCAUCCGUUCCUGGCCACAGAUCAAGGCAAGCACAUAUACUAUCAUACAGACACUUAAUAACCUUGCUACCAGAGGAGUACGAGCGUCCAAAGCGCUUACAGAUAUUACCACCACAUUUUUCACUUCUCCGCGAAUGCUACAGCGCAGGGGUCUUUCUUGUCAAGACCUAGAUGCUUUUCAUGACUUUAGUGGCGUGAUUGUAAGAAAUUUUAUUGUCCAUGGGCAUCAGAUCCAUGGGGUUGGCUUUACUCCUCUUCAGCUUCUUAGAAAGCACUAUCUUGUGAGUGCAUCUGACGACGGGGCAGUAAAACUUUGGUAUGUUCAAGGCCCUGUGGUCCGUUUAGUCGGUUAUUUAAUUUCUCCAGUAGAACACCAUAGUCGGAUAAUCGACCUGGCCAUCAGCCAGGAGCGCUAUGUCGUUGCCAUGUGGAUGGACGUGGUAAUAGUGUGGGACAUUCCGUUGGAUAUCGCGGACGGACCUGAACUUUACUGCAGUUGCACGUAUAUUUCUUCAAGCUAUCUACGAACAACCCAGCCAGUGGGAAAGAAGAGCAGUAGCCUUUACGUAAACCAGCUGGAGAAGCUUCUAACCAUUAAGAAUAGCCCCUUUGCUAUUGUACAAUCUUCUGCAAUCAUCUUUCUAGUAUGCAUCGCGACAGGUGAUGCAGCCAUCAUAAUGGAGCUCACAGCCUCCUCAACUGAUGCCGAGAACAACCGGAUUGUUUGGGCUUGUCUUAAUGAGUCAUCCACUGAAUUAGCCAUCGCCUGGACAGCAAAUGGGCUGCCAUUUAUAACCAUUCUCAGGACGAGCAAUAUUAAAGAGGUAUACACUGAUAACGGAUCUUUCUCUUUGCUUCCAUGGAAGUACAUUUCUAUCGAUGGGCAGACACUAAUCAGGGGAGAAGUGUGCGGGAUGCAUCUAAUGCACUUUUGUAUUGAAGCUCCACAGACAGAAUGGGGUCUCAGCACCGUUCUCAUUUUUCCUAAGUACAUUCAGUACGCUCCAAACGACCUUCUCCUCGUCGUAAGCUUUCAUAACAUGUCUUGCUUGUUAGCCUAUAGCACAUCUGAGUAUAGAGGUUCUUUUGCAAAACUAGAUACUGGCUCUUUUGAAGACGCCAACUUAGCGUCUUCAGGGUCUGACACCAGCGGAUAUCGAAUUCUUCCAUUUCCAAUGGUUCGGGAUCUUAAGCCAUGGUGUCUUACGCUUAUUUCUGUGUCAGUCGUAUCAUACUGCGAGGCAAACACCAGUUACUGGUCUUGUACAUCGUUCUUUAUCAGUCCCGACAGUCGUUAUCUUGCAGCACAAGUUAAGUGCUCUAACACUAAGUUUAGUAAGAAUUAUCUCGUGUUCUUUGAACUAGCUUUACUGUAUACGUAUAUUUCGGCCGCACCUUCUCUAGCUUUGCUAGAACAGCAAAUGGUUACUGAUGAGGCUCACGAUAGAGCAAAUGAGUUUCCCCUAGGGGCAGACGAGUCCUUUAUUGAGCGUAAGGUAUCACCUACUUCGCGUGUUAUACUGUGUGGUUGUGGUUUCGGUAUCUCAAUCUGCUGUCUUGACUUAUCCAAUCAUCCCUACUUCAACUGCGCCGUCCCUGCCACUUCAUCCUCAUCUCUUCCAUAUGUUUGGGUUGUCAGUGAUACCAUGAACCUGGAAAAUACUGGUCUGCGCUUUCUGGAACGAACUGGCGAGGAACUGCCCUUAACCAUAUCUCCUUUGGAUCUCUUCCUUUUCUUUCUCUCUCCCGAUGGCACCCAGAAUGUCUGGAACAUCCGCAUGCCAUGUUCUUCUCAAGACAAUGAGGGUUUGGUCUUUAGCGAUAUCUGCCUUAGUUCAGAGACCGGAGAGCUAUUCGUCUCGAAUGUCACUGGCCAGAUAAUGUCCAUUGGUAUUGGGGCAACAUUUCCACCGAGCUAUAUUUCUCCUCAAGAGCAGUUCCUGUUCUUUGAGCUACCAGGGAUCUUUAGCGCUCGAUAUGGGACAGAUCCAGAUGAGUCUGUUAACUCUGCACUCACGGCAUCAUCUUUGCUGCCUACAGAGCAACUAUCUUCACCUACAACUCAACCAUUAAUGAUCAAAGGGGCCAAGGCGAUCCUGAACGUCACAGGAAUGAAGAUGUUUCACGAAGAGUUAAGCACUAGCAUAUCAAAAAUUCUGUCAGAGGAGUUAGCUGUGGAGUGUCAUUUUUCUGAUGAUAGCUGUCUACUAUUCGACUCGCCAAACCAACUUAAGCAAUUGAUUUCUAAACUUGAGGCCAAGCAGGCGGAGGGUCACUUUGUGGUUUCUGUCUAUUGCAUCGGAAGGAUAGAUACCAUUUUCCGGUACACUCUACACAAUGCCUUGAUCACCCGUCUGCCCAACCUUGAUCUAAGAACUCUUACUACCGACCACAUGCUCAAGCUCAGCAUUAAAGCACCCAAGAGUAUGUUUACAGGACUGUCUGUAUAUGACACGGUGAGAUAUCUAGCUAAUUAUGAAAACCCACUAGCAAUCUGCUCAUUUUAUGGUACUGUUUACUUCAUUCCUGCAUCGCUGGAAGAGAGCCGGCAAAGGCAGUCAUUACCCUCUUACCUGGAAGAGUUAGCUCGUUAUUAUGAGAAGGCUCAGAAGCAUUGUUAUCAUGGAUUUUAUGAGAGCAUUAUUUCGAUGAGAUCAAUCAAUGAACUAUCCUAUUUAGACCUGGGGAUCAUCACCCCCAAGUGCGCUUCUUUAAAUGCUAUGAUUCUUUGUCAACCAGCGGCUGAAUUUUUGCUUGAUCGUGCUUCAUCAAAGUUUCUGCUUUUAGAGAAUGUAACAACGCUUAAGGAUGUCAAGCAACGAGAGAAGAUAGAGCUGAUCUCGGACCUGCUCAAUACAUCUGAACCCCUCUUUGCAACAGAUGUCUCUGGCUUCGUUGCUUCUUCGAAUAUAGAAUUACAGACCAAACAAGUCAAGGAAAUACAGGAUGAUAACACUGAUGUUUUCGACGAUAUGGAUAAUUGUAUCGCACGUAUUGAGGAAGCAAUCUCGAGUCAUGUUGUUCCUUCUGUCCCGCGCCGCAUCAGGAAUCCACGGCGACACCUCAUUAAUAAAUCGGGACCCGGAGAAUCAGAAGGGUCUCUCCUCAGCAUCUCUAGUUUGGGAGCAGAUGAGCUCGCCUUUGAGUCUGAAUCUGACGUGCAGGAACAGGAGGAGGAAUCUUCUGCAUCGAUUUCGUCAUCAGCUAGCGAAUCCGGUGCUUAUGAAAGAUCUACUAAGGACAACGACUCCGAGGAGUCAUUAGAAAACCCUGGCAGAAGAAAAAAGAAGCGAAUAAAAGACAUGCAGGAUACCGACUCAUUUGUCUAUUCUAGCAGCGGAUCUGACAGCGUAGCGUAUAGUGAAGAGAUAGAGACAACAGAAGAGUUCGUUUUGGAAAAGAAUACGAAAAAAGAAACCGUUGAACAAUCCAAGUCGGAACCACCUUUAAAGAGAUAUAUUGAAAAGGUAACAAGUGCAACAGCUCUGGUAAAGUAUACGAAGGUCUUUCUCAGUUUACAAUACAAGACACUUAUUAAGAGAAAUAUAGAGUUCAUGAAGGAUUUUGCAUCAUCAACCCCGCUGGUUGCAGGUAAAGCAAACUCAUACGCAAUACCCCAGGUGGGAGACGCCAUUUUGGUGUUGCCUGUUCAUUAUCGAUACUCCAUCCAAUUCAUCGACUCCUUCUUCGAUAAAAGAAUAACUGGUAGCACCAUUACAGUCUUAGAUCGACUUAUAGGGCCGCCUCCAGAAACAGGGUUUUAUGGAGACGCCCCCGAAAACCCCAAUAAUAAGCCAUACCUUGCAAUCAUCAAGGACAUUUACCCUCAGUAUUGGCAGAUAGACAAGGGUAGACCCCCUUUUGUGGGAAUGCCUCUUACGUUACUUACCAUUCUCAUUAAACCAGUAACCAGCAUAGAUCAAAUAACUCCCUUGAUAACCCCAGAUUAUGAACUUCUGGACAAGCUUUUAGCAAAUGAGCGCACAAAAAAUACGUACAAUCUGCAGAUAACUAAAAGUCACGACCUUGUAAUCCUUCCUCUGUCGCACUCACUUCUACUGGAGCCACGGAACCUGAUACCUGAGUUUCCGAUAUUGCCUUACUGGUCUGGCGCCUACCACUUGAGGACGCUAUCGAAGGUCCUGGGACAAUGGAUAAAAUACAUUCGGGAGGGGCCUUGUGCAUCGGAACAGGUAGCCAAAUGCUUUAAGGCAUCGUUUCCAUCAUUGACCUUCACCAGUGACUUCUAUUGCCAUCAUGGCCUAGAAUAUUGUGAUCUUCUGGAGGACACCCUUCUUGCGGAAUGUCUCAGUUAUCCAAUAAAGCUAUCUGUACUUCCUCCCGCUGCCAUUCAAGACAUUAGGAAAAUAAAGACUAUAUCAGACUCAUUUCCGCUCGAAGCUUAUCAUAGAACGGUCCCUUUUGCCCCUGCUCCGGAGCACGUGCUUCAUCCACAGCUCUUUGCCUUAACAAGCAGGGGGAAUGUUGUCCUACGCGCCAAUACUGCCUCUAAGAAGGCGUCUGAGUCGAAAACGAGUAACAAGACCAAGCAAAACUCAAGCUCAAGUUCUGCUUCAGACACAGAAUCUGACUCAAGCUACGAAUCUGAGGAUACUCGCUUCCAGCGCAAGCAUGGAUACAUCAGGAAGCUUGUCCUCUCUUCAGUUCAACACAUGUCGGCCUUCUUUAACGACACAAUCAAGAAGACACCUUAUUUUUACUCUCCCCGAUCCACGCCCCGGCUUCUCAUGGUUCAAACUGCUGUAAGAAAUGGAUCUCCAAAGCGAUGGGGCGACCAUUAUAUUCCUCACGCAUUUGGUCUAUUAUAUCACCUAUUCCUGAAAGCUACAACCCGCACUGACACACUCAAAAUUUACUCAGCAGAAGCACUGUUCAGAGAGCACGUGCUGGACACAUUCUUCCCUGAUGCACCAUCUGAUAAUCUGACAAAGCGACAAUUGAGCAAACUAGAGUUGGAAGAAUCAAAGUCUUAUUUGGUAAGUGUGUGCUACCAACUUUACAGAGACAAUACCUUUGCCUCAGGCCUUUACUACUUUACUGAAGACAUGCAAGUUCCAAGAGACCAAGCCCAAGAAGAAAUCGUCAAACAAGCAUCUGUAUGGGAUAACAUAGAUGCACAGUCUGCUACGUUUUCAGCAGAGACGUGUGCACGUAUCUUCAGUAUUUUGGAGGAUCUAUAUAUUCGCGAUACAAAUAUUUUGACAUAUAUACCCGCCAGUCUAUUCUCCCUAUCACUUAAUGCCUCUGGGAUUGAAUCUUCCUCUUCGCAAUCACCGGUGUCGCCUUUGUACUCAUCCCUGGUAACCGAGUUAGUCCCCUAUGCGUUAGAAGCUAAUGAAAUUACACACACAAACUUGGACUUUUCGUUUGUAUCACCACAGAGCACUACAGUAAGUACAGCUGACUCAUCAUGCAGCACCAAUAACGAUGAGAGUAUUACCUUUGCUCAAAUAAUCAGAAGCUUGACCGUUAGACCAUUUGGAAUCAAACCUGGCAACAUGUCCGGAACCCAUACUGGACUGCGCAAAUCUUCGAGGUCAAGACAGGAGCAUGCUCUCACAUUUGAUGGAAUAUUUAAUCCCAUGUCCAUACUUUCACGAAUGAGGCUAUUCUUGGUACUUGUUGAGGCCAUAAACAUUACUUUAACCACCUCUGCCUAUCGGGACAUUUUACUUGAAACGUUUGCCAACCCAUGUGGUAGAAUAAAGAGAUAUGCUGGGGUAGUGGCUCAUCCAUUAUGGUUUAACUUAAUUAUGCACCGCAUUGCCACUGGCUACUAUACAUGUUUUAGAUCACUAAUUAAUGACAUCCGUAUCAUCGCUGGAAACUGGGACUCCUUUAACGGCGAUCAAACAAUAGCAAUAUGUGCAGAGUUCUGUGAAAAGCUGAUUGGUAAUUUGCUACUGUUAGUGCGUGGCAUCGCCGCCUUGACAGAUAAUGAGUAUCUAGCCAUUUGUGAGUCUGUUCGCUUUGAAAGUUCACAAGGUGAUGAUCAGGAUGAAAAGAGUGCUGAAACAAGCCAAGACCUUGAGGAAGUUUCUAGCAGCACCGUUAGUAACAGCGACUCGGAGCCCAGUGAUGAUAGCUCUUCCCCUAAACCUGUGCGCAACCGGACUUCAACUCGUCAAUCUCGUAAGCAUUGA